AGGCACUCUUGGAUUGCCUUUUCUCGGCGAAACCAUCUGCUUCAUCUCCUAUGCUUACUCAGACCACCCUGAGACCUUCAUGGACUGACGUCGUCACAUGUAUGUCUAUGUUUGAUAGAGUUUAUCUGAGUUCUUUAUUUUUUAUUUUAAGAAUCUAUUUUAGAUUGUUUAGACUUUUACUAAUAGUUUAAAUAAGUUUAAAAAAAUUAAUUAUCUUUCCAGGAAAGGACUGUCGAUUUCUUUGACAUGCUCUUAUUUGGUGCUACUGUUUUAACUGGGAUUGUUCUCAUUGAGGGGAUGAUACCUUACGUGUCUGAGUCAUUUGCCAAGAUAAUAUUUCUGAGCAAUUCAUUGACAUUCAUGAUGGCAUUGGCAUCUGAAAGAGAACUUGUCCUUGCAUUGCUAGAUCCCGAUGCAAUGGUUGAUUCUGGCCCGGCUGCACGCCGAUUCUCCUCCAAAGGUUUAGAGAGUGAUAUAGGAAAAAAUGAGACUGACUUGACGUUUGUUCUAGACAGGAUUUUUGAAGGAGUUUACCGGCCAUUUAAAGUUAGAAUUGAACAAGUUUUGCAGUCGCAACCUAGUAUUAUAAUUUCAUACAAACUUAGUAAUACCCUGGAGUUUUACAGCUAUACUAUAUCAGAUUUGUUGGGGAGAGAAAUAGCCCUUUGUAACACACUUUGGGCACUAAAAGAUGCUUCUCAGAAAACAUUCUUUGACAUUCUGAAAACUCGAGGAGAGAAGCUGUUACGGUAUCCACCCGUUGCUGCUGUUGAUCUUUCCCCACCACCUGCAGUGAGGGAAGGAGUAUCAGUAUUGCUUGAGAUAAUUGAGAUGCAUGAUGGCAUGAUGGUUCCUGCUUCAGGAAAGAAGUUUGACUUUGAUCCGGUGAUAUCUGCAUUACUAGAUCCUAUUAUUCAGAUAUGUGAACAAGCAGCAGAAGCACACAAGUCCAAAGGAGCUAUUCCUUCCUUUAGAAGAAAUAGAACUACUUCUGACCCAAGCCAACUCAGUAAAUCAUCUGUUGAUGCAAUUUUGGCAAACAGCAACACUUUAGCUACGUCUCAGAUUGCUUUUCAAGUACUAGUGAAGGCAUUGGUUAGCAUGGAUGCAGGUCAAGGUGUGAUGUGUGUUCUUUGUAUUUUGUGCUUUGUAUCCCAUUCAACACUGCUAGGGCCCAAUGACUAAACAUGUGGCAGCUAUGCUUACUCGGGAGAAGGAAGUGAAGAGUUUGACAGGGAUGAUAAUACUUUGACACUUAUAAAACCAUCUCCUAUGCCUUCAAAG